AACGACAUAAAUCUAAUACGGUACAUUUGCCCUUUAGAUCUAAAAUUAAAAAAAUUGAGGGCAUGAUAGGUAUUGCCAAGGUUCUGAAAUCUAAAACGGCCCGUAUUUGUUUGGUAGCGCUUGUCUGCCGCAUCCCCAUUUUGAAUACAUCCUGCCCUCCAAAAAUCUUCCAUUUUCCCCAUUCACACCUUCCUCUUUCUUCUCUCCAUAUAUAAGUUACAACACAUGCCAACCCCUCCUCUCAUUUUCUCUCCCAGCUGCUCCUUCCCCACUAGUCAUUAAUUCCCGCACUUUUCUCUCACACGCUCGCUGCCACAUAAUUUUCUCGGUAACCAAAUAUCCUUCUCUGAUUCCAACUCUCUGUUAACACACAGACAUGGCUGUCACUUCCAGAGGCCGACCCUCCCACCUCCAAAUCCCCAGUAAAUGGCGAGACUCGGAAACCAGCCCGAACCGGACUUCCAUUACUGAAACUCCCAACCUCGCCAUGACUCCGAGAAAAGUCCCCGUCGUUUACUAUAUCUCUAGGAACGGCCAGCUCGAGCACCCUCACUUCAUGGAAGUUCCUCUCUCUUCUCCUCGAGGUCUCUUUCUUAGAGAUGUCAUUAACCGCUUGAACUUGCUACGUGGCAAAGGCAUGGCUUCUCUGUACUCCUGGUCUUCCAAACGGAGCUACAAAACCGGCUUCGUUUGGCAUGAUUUGUCGGAAAACGAUUUCAUACACCCGUCGCACGGCCACGAGUACGUUCUCAAAGGCUCGGAGCUUCUCGACCCGCCUGUGAACUCUCUGGCUCUCGAAUCAGCGUCGUCGAGGUCCCUGAGACCUCCGCCGGAGGCUGAAAAGUCCGGCGACGAUUUCGAUUCUCCGUUGAUCGUGCGCCGGCGAAACCAGUCCUGGAGCUCGAUUGACUUGAACGAGUACAAGGUGUACAAGACCGAGUCGGUCGGAGAGUCCGCCAGCAAAGCUGCCGCGGACGCGUCUACUCAGACCGACGACAAGCGGCACCGACGACGUGUGGUUCGAGAAGAGCGCGACGACAAAGUCCAAGGUCAAAGUCAACAGGAGGUGCUUCAGAUUCAUAGUCAGAGUACGGAGCUGAGCCGGGGCGAGAUUUCGCCUCCGCCGUCGGAUUCUAGCCCCGAAACGCUCGAGUCGCUGAUGAAGGCGGAUGGACGGCUGGUGAUCUGCACUAACGGGGCGAGCGAUGAGGGUUUACAUCGGACGGCGGAGGUUUGUCCAGGUGGCAAGAUGAAGGCCUCGUCCGUCCUGAUGCAGUUGCUAUCGUGCGGCUCGAUCUCGUUCAGGGACUGCGGGUCCACGGCGGUGAAGGAGGAAGGAUUCUCGCUGAUUGGGCAUUACAAGGCUAGGCUGCCACGUGGCGGCGUGGGGAAUCAGGUGAGGACUGAGACGGUAAUUUCGAAUUUCGCGGGGGUUAAAUUGGAAGAUAAGGAGUAUUUUAGCGGGAGCUUAAUUGAGACAAAGAAAGAGGCGGUUCCAGCUUUGAAGAGGUCGUCUUCUUACAAUGCAGAUCGGAGUGCCCAGUUGCAAUUGGAGGAAACAGAGAUAGGUGGAGUGAGAGCAAAAUGCAUACCCAGGAAACAAAAGGCACUGCCCAGUAAGAAGGAAAGCAACUACAUCACCUCUUCUAACAGUGUCAGCAGUAAUGAUCAAGGAGCAGGGAGCAAAAGACAUGAGUAGGUUGUGGAGCUGUGUUACGGUCAGUCGCCUAUACACGUGUGGACAAUGUCUAAUAAUUGAACAUGUAGGGCUCAUCAUAUCUUAUCAUCAGUUGGAAUAUAUUCACGUACACAUGAAUAACAGACCUUGGCAAAAUCCUACUUUGUGUAGUACAUGGGCCACAUUGACACCUCACUUUUGUAAAUUGUAGCUUGAAAUUGGAACCAUAGGUUAAAGAGAAACAAGAAACAAGGCCAUCUUGAAGACAAAAAAGGUGGGGAAUGAAUGAUAACGAAAAGCAUAGGCAAAAUACUCGGCAGCUUAGCUUAGCUUAAGCUAGCACAUUGCAAGUCACGGCACAAUGGGCACAAGCAUUGAGAUGGUGAAAGGCAUAUGGGGUGUGUAGGAAUCUGAUAAAGCUAGAAGUGUUGAAACUGCGAGAUUGUCCAUCUUGAGUUUUGAGUUUUGGGUCAAAAUAUUAGGUGCCUUGGUGUUUGCGGGGGUCUGAAUUUUGUUCCUUAAAUUCGGUGAAUGGUGCUUAAGUCUAAGCCUUUUUGUACGAGACAUUGGAACUUGGGAAAUAGAAUUAAGUCCUAUAUA